AUGGGUUUAUAUCGAACUUUACUAAAUCGAACAUAUGUUGAUGAUAGUGAAAGUUUACGUUGGUGCCCAGCACCAAGUUGUGAAUAUGCGGUUGAAUGCCACGUUCCACAAACAUCACUUACUAGCAUUGUUCCUACAGUAGAAUGUGCAUGUUGUAAUCGUUUUUGUUUUGGUUGUGGCUUACCAGACCAUCAACCAUCUAUUUGCAUGCUUGUUAAAAAAUGGAUUAAAAAAUGCGAGGAUGAUUCAGAGACAGCAAAUUGGAUUUCUGCUCAUACAAAAGAAUGUGGAAAGUGUCAGUCAACAAUUGAAAAGAAUGGUGGUUGUAAUCAUAUGACUUGUCGUAAAUGCAAAUAUGAAUUCUGUUGGGUUUGUAUGGGUCCUUGGUCAGAGCAUGGAACUAGUUGGUAUAAUUGUAAUCGUUAUGAUGAAAAAAAUAGUGUUGAUGCAAGGGAUUCACAAGCUAAAUCUCGUUCAUCUCUUGAGAGGUAUCUUCAUUAUUAUAACCGUUUUGCUAAUCAUGUGGAAUCUGCUAAACUUGAUCGUGAACUAUAUAACAAGACUGAAAAGAAAAUGGAAGAAAUGCAACAAACUUCUGAUUUAUCUUGGAUUGAAGUACAAUUUUUGAAGAAAGCUGUUGAUAUUCUUGUCCAAUGUCGUAUGACUCUUAAAUGGACAUAUGCUUUUGCUUUUUAUCUAAUACGUAAUAAUGAAACAGAAAUUUUUGAGGAUAAUCAACGCGAUCUUGAAGUAGCAGUUGAACAGCUUUCAGAAUUAUUAGAGAAACCUAUUGAACCUGAUAAGAUUGGUGAAUUAAAACAACAAGUACUAAAUAAAACAGUAUAUGUUGGAAGUCGAAGGGAGGUGUUGUUGGCGGAUACCGCUCAGGGAUUAUUAGAUAGUCGAUGGGAAUUUCAGGUAGACAUUCAAAAUUGA